GUUUACAUUUUGACUUUCCUCUUUUAUUUCCUUUGCGUUAUUAUCUUUUGUGUCACAUGUACUAUAUAAUCCUCUCAACAACACUUUUUCCCACUGUGGAGGAACCGGAUACCCUUUCAUUUCCUCCUAAAUUUAUGUCUCUAACUUCUUCAAAGGAGUUCUUCUCUUCUAUCACUUCACCUUUUUCUUCCAUUUCAAUGGAGGGAUUUUAUUCUGACAAAUGGUACACUAAUUCUGACCAGAUAGACCUUACUCUCAAGCUUUCUCCCUCCGGUCAAAAUGCAGAGGAAAAGAUGGUUGGGGAGAAAGCCCAGAACAGAAUGAUGGAAAAUCAAGAGAAUCCCUUUGUUGUUUGUCUGGCAGAGGGUGAGAUGGGUCUGGUGAGGUUUGGGGACUUGCAGGCAAUGAGAAGAGUGAGGACUGGAAAGAGACUAUUGAUGAAGAAGAUGCAGAUGGCUGUGGCUGCGGCUGCUGAUGCAGAGAAGCCUUUUCCGGUGUCUCCGCCUGGUGUUCAGCCACUGCCUCCUUCAAUUGAUGGUAAUUUCAAGAUGUUUGCACAUCCUUCAUUGGAUCCAUGGCAUGAAGGAGGAGUUAGUUCGAGCUUCCAAAUAUCACCAAAGCAGGAAAUUGAUCCCAUGGUUUCCCCAGAAGCAACGCAGGAAACGACAGUGUGGCCAUCUGAGUGUAUGGUUGAGAAGCCGGCGAAAAAGCUUAAACAUAAAAGUGAUGCAAUGAACAUUGUGAGAGAAAUGCCUUGCGUGAUUAGUGCUGGAGAUGACAGAACAGGGAAGAGAAUAGAAGGGCUUCUUUACAAGUAUAAGAUAGGGCAAGUUUGUAUUGUAUGCGUCUGCCAUGGCCGCUUCCUCUCACCCACAGAAUUUGUGAUGCAUGCUGGUGGCAAGGAAGUGGCAGAUCCCAUGAAACACAUCGCUGUUUCUUCUGAUUCCUUUUAUGUCAAUGGAGAUGGGGCUGGUUUUAUCACACACCCCUUCUAGAAUGUUUUGAAGCAGUUAAGAAUCCUUAGUUUUCCACAAUUAUAUAUCUUAUCCCUGGUUCUUAUCAUGACAGUGUAAAACAUGGUUUUCCGCAUUUGCUAACCUUCAGAUGAAAAUAAUUAUAAAUAUGGACCAAAACUUGGAUAAUUAAGAAUACAAAAUACUCUCUCAACAAAAAAAUAAUUUGGUUUUAAUUAUAUAAAAUGGUUUUGGAAAAAAGUUUUCCAGAACACAUGAAAUAUUCCCCGAAAAACCUUUUCGAAAUGGAUUUUGGCAACCCUGGAAGUGGCGGCAAUAAUGGAAUUGGGAGUGUCUGCAAUGCAA